GAAUACGCAGCACAAGGGAACAGGGAACAUCAUAAGGAAAACAAUGGCAAGUUGAGAGCGAGAAGAACAGAGGGAGGAAAAAGCAGAAACGUGAAAAAUAAUAAGGAAGUAUGUAGGAGAGAAAUAAGGAAUAAUAGACGCGCGAGAGAUCAGGAAGCAGGAAACAAGAGCCGAGAAAACGAAGAAGCCAGAGGGAAUAAGGAAGAAGUAGCAAACAAGGGAAGAGCAAAAGGAAAAGAGACGAAGUGA